AGAUAGUUCGAUAAUUUUUCUGCGAUAUUUCGGGUGCUAAUGACAUUCAUUUUACGUAUUCAUUGCUAAAAGAAAACCGAAAAAACAUAUAUUCUCCCCGGAUUUCCUCUUAGUCAUCCACAUAUCUGAUCUUUGUUUCGUAUUGCAAACUUGAACGAGAGCUUAAAAAGAGAUGGAUUUCGGUGAUGAUUUCGCAUUGAAGGAGGAAGUCGAUCCAGCGGCAGAGUUCCUGGCACGAGAGCAGUCGGCUUUGGGAGAUCUCGAAGCAGAAAUCACAGGCGGCUCUAGCACGGCCCCAGAUCCAGCCACAGUGGACGAUGCUCUUGGGCUUGGUCUUGGUGGCCUGAGUGGUGCUGGUGCUGAGCUGGGCAGCGAACUGUCGGCGACCGGAGGCGGCCUCGAAUCAUCAACAGGCAGCUUCGAGGUGAUCGGCGGCGAGUCGAACGAGCCCGUAGGAAUUUCCGGACCCCCGCCCUCUCGGGAGGAACCAGAGAAGAUACGCAAGUGGCGGGAGGAGCAGAAGCAGCGCCUCGAGGAGAAGGAUGUGGAAGAGGAGCGAAAAAAGGAGGAGCUGCGGCAGCAGUCGAAAAAGGAGCUGGACGACUGGCUGCGCCAGAUUGGCGAAUCGAUUUCAAAGACGAAACUAUCAUCGCGAAAUGCUGAAAAGCAGGCCGCUUCAUUGGAAAACGGGACCAUCGAGCCGGGCACUGAAUGGGAGCGCAUAGCCAAGCUCUGCGACUUCAAUCCGAAAGUUAACAAGGCGGGCAAGGAUGUCUCUCGAAUGCGUUCCAUAUACCUGCAUCUCAAGCAGAAUCCAAUUCAGUUGCAGAAGACCACCUAAGUGUCAGCAGUCGACGCUAUGGCUUUGCCUGCCAACUAGUUUUAAUUAUGUACUCGCCUAACCACACACAUUGAGUUGAAUAUGAAAAAUUAUUAUUGAAAAGUAUUCGCUGUAUAUUCCAAUUAUAUGAUAAAUACAUUAUUAUUGCUGCUGACAACAAUUUGAGAUCAUGGUUCAUGUUCAUGUAAUGAAUGCAAUAAAUAAUGUGCACACA